GGAGAUAGUCCAUAGAGAUACGACAAACCAGUGAUAUUUUUCGGCACGAAAUGCGACCGUCUCUACUAAUUUUCGGGAUUUUGUACGCAGCCGGGUUGCUGAUAAGUAAUUGAGAAUAAUUCUGGGGAUAUGUUGUCAUUCUGUAGAAAAAAAUACGAGUUGUAAAUGCAGUUGCGUUAUGGUGGAGGGUCUCAAUUGUUUGGGCUUGGAGGAGAGAUAUGAUGCGGAGCAGCCGUACUGUUUCAAAUUCACAUGGCUGGGAAGUAAAUCCGAGGAGAUCAACAUUUCGAGUAACAGAUGUGCCAAUGCAACUGGCCAGCCCUGUUUUCAGCCAGUAGUAGUCACAAAUGAUUCUACAUUACCGGAUGUGAACUAUAUGUGGAGGACAGGCAAUCGCUCGGAAAUCUCAUGUCGUAUGCGACAAGGAUACGUCUGCAUAAAAUAUGCAUACACCUACAAUAAUGCAGUGCUCAAUAUAAGCCAUUUUUGUGGGAAAAUGGUGGAGAAUAAGGCAUCACCCAUUGUGGAAGGCUGCUACACCCAGCAAGUGGAUAGCCACAUCAUUGAAGCUUGUGCUUGUACGUCAGCACCUGGAGGGAUUCCUUGUAAUUCAGCAGAAAUUAAUCAAUUACCAGUCUCAAUUAUCAUGUCAAGUAUUAUAUUGUCAUGGAUUAUUUAUUAAGAUGAGCGAAAUUGAUAAUAAAUAAAGUAUUUCGUUAUUGAGAUUUUUUUUUAUAUUGCGCAUGAACAUUUUUCUUGUCUUUGCAGCAAAUAUUUUCAAAUUGAAUCAAAAC